AUGGACGACGGCUCGUCAUGCCCGACCGACAGCGCCGGGCUUCUGCCGCUCUUCGUUGGCUCCCCGACGGCUGAGGGUCUCGAAGAGAAGCUGAUGCGAGUGCGCGAGGAGAACCGGCGGCUGGCCGGAACGCUCGGCGCCAUACUCGCCGGUCGCCCUGACCUGCGUGCUCUGGCGAGGGCUCCAGCCUCAGCCGUCGCCACCGCUAGGGCGCCGAGCGGCUCUGCCUCCAAUGCAGUGAGGGAGGAGGCCGCCGGAGUGACGGUGGAGCCGCGGCCCAAGGUCAGGACGGUCUGCGCGCGCGCGGAGCCUGCCGACACCGACGCCAACCUUGGCGUCAAGGACGGGUACCAGUGGAGGAAGUACGGGCAGAAGGUGACGCGCGACAACCCGCACCCCAGAUCCUACUUCCGCUGCGCAUUUGCUCCAUCUUGCCCAGUGAAGAAGAAGGUGCAGAGAGACGCGGAGGACAGGUCAAAGCUGGUGGCGACCUACGAGGGUGAGCACAACCACGCUAAAUACCCGGAGCGAGAAUUCGUCGGCAGCGAGUCCACAGGCCACGCGGGGUCGCGGCCUUGCUCGAUCUCCAUUAACCCGUCCGGCCGGACGAUCAGGCUAGAAGAUAUGACGAAUCAUGGGUCAGGAUCGAGGCUGGACCUGGAGACUAUCCGGAGGGAGGUUGUUACGCCUGAAUUUCAGAAGCUUCUGGUGGAGAAGAUGGUGAAUUCGCUCAAGAAUGAUGCAGAUUUCAUGCAUGCUCUAACAAAUGCGGUGGCUGAAAGAAUACUGGAAAAUAUUCCUGCGGUAUGUCGGUGCGAGCGAGGACUUGCCAGAACCUCGCCUGAGGUAGAGGCGACGCGGUUUUGCCGGCGUAGGAGAGACGGGGAGGAAAUCAAGUGUGCGCUUGACGAAGAAAGUGAACAGUGGUUGGCCGGCGAGGAAAGAGGAAAGAUAGCCAUUGGAUUGGAAUCUAACAUAUCACGCAAAUCAACUGAAAGACGAAUCAUUUUUAGGCAACUGACUUAGGGGGUGUUUGGUUCAGGGACUUUUUAGUCCCAGAGACUAGAAAAAGUCCCUAGAAACCAAACGGGGGGACUUUUUCUAUAGGGACUAGAAAAAGACUCUACUGGAGAGUCUUUUUUGAUUAGUCCCUGGGAUUAGAAAAAGUCCGAGGACUUCUGAACCAAACACCCCCUUAGGCAUUCUUUGGUUCAUAGGGUAGGAAAAUCGUUGGGAUAAAAAAGUCAUAGAAAAUGAGAUGACAUGUAUUUCAAAUUCUAUAAGUAGAAAUAGGAAAGGAGAUGCCCUUU